UUUCUAGUAGCCACGCCCCCUCCGAGACGCGUCCCUAUAAAGAGAGAGCCCGCCUCCUUCGAGAGGAAAGAGCGCUGAAUUCGCAGUCUGAUCGCCAUGACUCAGGUGGAAGCGUCCGCACCGCCCUCCCCGCUGAAAGGGGGCCACUCCCCCGCAGUCAAAGCUGGAGGUAUGAGAGUUUCCAAGAAGGUGGAAAAUGCACCUGCAGAGAAAAAAUCCAAAUUGUCUGGGAAGGAAAAGACAAAGGGCCAUCCCUCAUCUUCUCCAGGAAACACCAUGGCCAGCUCUGUGAAUGUCCUAAAAAUGCAGAGUAUGGGUGUCUUGCUGGCAGACACACUGGAGAAAUUUGCACAUAAACUUCCGCCAGCUGCCUCACAAGUAGCGCAUCAAAAGCCACGACCCACACUGGAGAAGACUAUAUUGCCCAAAAGGAUGUGCAUUAUUCAGCAGCCUUCGAAAUGUUAAAAAGAUGUAGAAUAAAAUAUUCAUAUAGUUGACAGACUUGCUCGUAACGAAACAGUACUUAGCUAAGCAAGCAGUAAAUUGACCAAAUGGUUGAAGCAGUUUCUCCUUUGUAUUUUUCUUGCAAUAAAAUUGCAUAUUCACUUGUU